AGAUGCCAGUGCGUGGUGAGCGAGUGGGCGGGGCUGGAGCUUUGGGUACCACCUCCUCUGCAACGCCGGGGCCGGGAGUCUUAGAACCGAGGGCCCGCAGGGGUCCCCGUGGCCGCUGCGAUGCAGAAAUACGAGAAACUGGAGAAGAUUGGGGAAGGCACCUACGGAACUGUGUUCAAGGCCAAAAACCGGGAAACCCAUGAGAUUGUGGCUCUGAAGCGAGUCAGGCUGGACGAUGACGAUGAGGGUGUGCCAAGUUCAGCCCUCCGGGAGAUCUGUCUACUCAAAGAACUGAAGCACAAAAACAUUGUCAGGCUUCAUGAUGUCCUGCAUAGUGACAAGAAGCUCACAUUGGUGUUUGAGUUCUGUGAUCAGGACCUGAAGAAAUAUUUUGACAGCUGCAAUGGUGACCUGGACCCUGAGAUUGUGAAGUCACUCCUCUUCCAGCUGCUGAAAGGCCUGGGAUUCUGUCACAGCCGUAACGUGCUGCACAGGGACCUGAAGCCCCAGAAUCUGCUCAUUAACAGGAAUGGGGAACUGAAAUUGGCUGAUUUUGGCCUGGCCCGAGCCUUUGGUAUCCCAGUCCGCUGCUACUCUGCUGAGGUGGUCACGCUGUGGUACCGCCCACCGGAUGUCCUCUUUGGGGCCAAGCUGUACUCCACGUCCAUCGACAUGUGGUCAGCCGGCUGCAUCUUUGCAGAGCUGGCCAAUGCAGGGCGACCUCUCUUCCCCGGCAAUGAUGUGGAUGACCAGCUGAAGAGGAUCUUUCGAUAUCCUCCCAGUGCCCCUAGCCUACGCUCCUUUACCUCUUUGUAGAAAGGAAGUGGGCGUAGAGCCUAGAGCAGGGGUGAGGGUUAGCCAUUGCUUGCCCUUCACAUUGUCCUUGCAUGGAUGGAGUCACUGUUGAGAGAGGUGGCCUGUUGGUAAGGACGGCACUCCUGACAAAGCCAUUAGAAGUUGUUUCAGUAAGCCUUAGGAAGAAACAGCGUUCUUGGAGAGAAAUGACUUGUUUGUUAGGACCACAAGCAUCAGGGGUCGGGUUUUCCUACUCAGCUGUAAAUACUAUAAAAUGGGGUUCAUCUCAGGCUGGGCUGGGGGAAAGAGCAUGGUGGUAUAAGAGAAGGGCAGGUGGGAGUGAGGAAUCCCCCCCCCCACACUUGCUCCCCACAAGUGACCCUUGACCACGUGGACACACUGCUAGGGACACCGACUGAGGAACAGUGGCCUGCCAUGACCAAACUGCCAGACUAUAAGCCCUACCCAAUGUACCCAGCUACAACAUCCUUGGUGAAUGUCGUGCCCAAACUCAAUGCCACGGGGAGAGACCUGUUGCAGAACCUGUUGAAGUGUAACCCAGUGCAGCGCAUCUCGGCAGAGGAGGCCUUGCAGCACCCCUAUUUCUCUGACUUCUGUCCCCCGUAGACUCUCUGACCCUGGCGGCCAGGCUGGGGCCUGACCUAUUUAAGCCUCCCUCCCAGGAGGGUGGGAGAGUGGGGUAUGGGAUGCUGAGUACCAGCUGUGCUGGGCCCAGCCAGGGGCGAGUUACCCUGGUCCGCGGUUUCCCUCCCUCCAUGGACUUUAUUUAAUUUCAUAAAUUGGUUCCUUUCCCACA